CUCCCCGCAGGACCCCUCGCUAUUCGCACACCCACAAGCGCGAUAUUUAUUUUAUCGAAGCCAAUUCUGAGUCCACAGGCGCUUUCUUGUGUAGCCUUUGCCCCUGGUGUGGUUAGAGGCAAACUCGAGGGACUCGGGCGCAUUCAUCCUUCUCCAACAAUCGCCAGACACAACGACGCGCAACAUGCCGCCGCCUCACGGAGGUCGCUUCCCCGGUCACAACCUCUCGAACCCUUUUGCACAUCUCUCUGGCCCGAUACCACAGCAACCGCAGCUGCACCAGCAACACCAGCAAAACAUACAGCACCAGGGCUUUGGCGGUACCCAGGGCCACAACCUCAAUCUUUUCGGCCAACACCAGAGCGGCUUUCAGUCAAGUGCAGGGCUAGGUGGCGGCCUCGGUGGUGCAGGACUGGCAGCGGCAGCGGCUCUUGGGGCAGGUGGAGGGACGGGGCUGGACGGUCAUGAAGCGCGUAUGCGCUUCGCCCACGGUGCCCAACUACAAGAGAAUGCGGUGCGCGGACAAGAUGGCGCAAAAGGCCUGGCAGGCCAGCGCAUCCGCGAAGUGUGGCGGUCGAACCUGCACCACGAGCUGGACAUGCUGCGCGCGCUUAUUGAUCAAUAUCCCUACAUUAGCAUGGACACAGAAUUCCCCGGUGUUGUCGCACGCCCGAUUGGUGACUUCAACUCAAAAGCAUCAUAUCAUUACCAGACAGUGCGCUGCAACGUCGACCUCCUGAAAAUUAUACAGCUCGGCGUUACCCUCUUUUCAAUACAGGGCGAGAUUCCCCCAUCACAUCUCGACCCUUCACAACUCAGCUACCAACCAAAAUCACUACAACGCUAUGCCAAUAAUAUCGUCGUCUGCCCUUGCACAUGGAGCUUUAACUUUCAAUUCUCACUAGACGAUGACAUGUAUAAUGAGGAGUCAAUCCAAAUGCUGAAGAAGUCCGGCGCCGACUUUGACAAGCACAAAAACCAAGGUAUCGACCCGCAAGAGUUUGGCUCGCUUCUUAUCACAUCUGGAAUGACCCUUACCGACGACGUCAAUUGGAUAUCCUUCCAUUCUGGCUACGACUUCGCAUAUCUCGUAAAGAUGCUCAGCGCGAAACCAUUACCAGAGGAUGAAGACACAUAUCGAAAGCUCGUCGAGGUCUUCUUUCCCCGACUUUUGGACGUCAAGUACCUCUGGCGCCAUGCAAAUAACUUGGUCCGCCGCGGUGUGAUAGGAUCAACAGCGACCAACAUUCUCAAUAACCUAGGGACGAAAUCAGGACUUCAGGAUCUGGCCGAUGAGCUCGGUUGUCAGCGCGUGGGCAACUCGCACACAGCUGGUUCUGAUGCGUGGCUCACCGGAACUGUCUUCUGGGAGAUGAGGAAGAAGAUAUUUGAGGGCAAUGUUCCCGAGGAAAUGAACGGCCAGAUGUGGGGACUCACAGGUGUCGGUCCUCCAGCGAGUGCAACGGCACAAGCUGCUGUACUAGCCGCACAAGGCGCGCAGAACCUGUCAGGAUUUCAAGGUAUGAAUGGCGGUAUGAUGUUCCACCCGGGCCAGCAAAGACAUGGCGACGGGCCGAGCACACCAACCAACCACCCAGCAGGCCUUGCGUCAACACCGGGUCCCUCAGGACAGGGGGGCAUGAUGACCCCAGGAGCGUACGGAGGCUAUGGUGGGAAGUAAUUGCGUUUGCUCAACAUUGAUACUGGAAGAAAUAUGUAGAACAGCAAAAGUCUAUUGUAGCAGAUACCCCAACACACGGAUCGGAGCAGCCGGUCUGAAAAUGGAAUGAAAUUCAACAGGUGCUUUACCACUCUCGUGUUAUGCUUCGUCAUCAACCUUGUAAACACACUCUUCCAUCUCCAUCAGCGG